UAAAAAAAUUCUUUACAAUUACUCAAAUGCUUAUUGUGAAAUUGGCUUUAUGUCAAAAUUAAAAGUUCCAUUAAUUUAUUUUACAACAUAUUGAAUGAACGGCAACGUGUUCGGGGCGAAUGCCAAAUUUCAUUCACCACGUACGUCAUUUAGCUUGAGAAAUGCAACAUUUUAGUAAGCAAUUCACACAGGACGACAUCUAGCAGGAGAUGCGAAAAGUGAUUCUCAAAUGCAACAUCAUCCAACAUCUUUUGUAACAGCUGUCCAAGAAUAAAUAGAUAAUUAUAAUGAGCAAAACUGGAGAUGAUAUAAUUAAACGGGCUGUUUGGGAGUUCUACCAUGAAAAGAUAUUACUUGACAUGUGGGAGGAGAAUGUUCCCUUGUUUAAGUCCCCGGUGCAUAAGAACAGCAAAAUAUAUAAGAAAAUGGCCAUAGAAUUAGCAGAAGCCGGCCUGAAGUUACAUUGGUCGAAAAUAAAAAUAAAGUUGGAUAAUCUGGUCAGGAAAUACAAAACUGAGUUAAGCGAAAGGACAAAGCCUGAUGCUAGCUCCAAACGUUGGCUACAUUUUAAAAAAAUGCAUCAAAUCAUGUCCCAACUGGCAAUGCAAAAUGCAGAUGAGACGGAGAUGAUGUGUAAGAAUGAAUCGGAUGCAGAUGCUGAAAAUCAUAAUGUUGUUGAUGAUGCUGGUAAUGAUGUUGUUGAUGAUGCUGGUAAUGAUGUUGUUGAUGAUGCUGGUAAUGAUGUUGUUGAUGAUGCUGGUAAUGAUGUUGUUGAUGAUAACAAUGAGGAUGUUGGGGAUAAUGUUGCGGAUGCUGAUGAUAAUGUUUCAGAAACAGAUUCAAAUAAUUCAUUUAUUGUUGCAACUUCGGAGGAAUCAUUUCACGGGGAUUUCAGUCCAACGACAGAUGAGCCACCUGCAAAGCGAAACAAAUCUACAAAAAAUCCCAAAAUGACAUCCUUUGAAUUGGCAAUGGUUGAGAUAGCAAGGGGACGAACGGAUGAUUUAAAUCGAGCGGCGAUGACAAGGCUGAAGAUACUGAAUCGAAUGGCAAGUGAUACGGCCAAUUAUCAUGCGAAAAUGUUGGAAAUGUUAGCAAAGUGUAUAAAUAGUUAAUAGUUAAUGAGUAAACAGUUCGAACGUGCGAUUUCAGUUAA